AUGGCCACCAGCAUCCAGCGAGGACCGCCACCGCAGCCGCCUCCACCCCCCGCGCCGUCCGGGUCAAAGAGGGAUCCACCGACCGCGUACAGGGGCCACCACCGCCUGCACCCGCCGGAGCACCGCCCAUUCAGUCCGAGUUCCACCCUUCCUGCGUCGCCAAAUCGAUCAUUCACGCGUCUGCACUCGGUCGUGCGGAAGCUGCUCGGGGAGACACGCGUGAGUCAGGCGUUGCAGAACAUUGUUAUCCCUGCCUUCGACAUCAAGCUGCUGCAGCCAAUCAUCUUCUCGAGAUACGACGCUCAAAGCGACGUCUCCAAAGACGCCCUUCUCUCCGACGUAUGCAUCAGCACGUCCGCCGCGCCCACCUAUCUGCCCGGCCACCACUUCGAGACCACGGACAGAUACGGCAAACCGCGCGCGUUCAAUCUUAUCGACGGUGGCGUCGCGGCGAACAAUCCGACGUUGCUGGGCAUGACCCAUGUGAGCAAGCAGAUACUCAUGGGCAACAAAGAUUUCUUCCCCAUCAAACCGGCCGACUAUGGAAAGUUUCUCAUCCUCUCCUUGGGCACCGGGUCGGCCAAGCUCACCGACAAGUUGGACGCAGCGCAGUGCAGCAAGUGGGGCAUCUUCGGGUGGCUCUACAACAAAGGUGUGUCGCCCCUCAUUGAUAGCUUUUGUCAGGCAAGCGCCCACCUUGUGGACAUCCACGCAUCCGUGCUCUUCCAGGCGCUGCAUUGCCAAAGGCGCUACCUUCGCAUCCAGGAUGACGAUCUCAAGGGAAACACUUGCUCCGUCGACGUGGCCACGCCGGAGAACCUGAACAUGCUUGUCGACGUCGGCAAGGCAUUACUGAAGAAACAUGUGUGCAUAGUGGACGUCGAGACCGGGAAAAGUGUGCCGGACAUGAACAGGGGCACCAACGAGGAAGAGCUGAUUCAUUUCGCCCGAAUGUUGUCACAUGAGCGCAAGGCUAGGCUUCAAAAGAAGCAAAGUAGCACUACAAAGUAAACCUUGGCUAGGACCUAGGAUUGAGUAUAUGGUAUGAACUAUUCGUGUGUAUUUAUUGAAUUUUUUUUCCAUGUGUAUAUACAUUUUAGAUUUAUCCAUUAACUAAGAUGAGUGAUUAUCAUAAUAUAUAUUCCAUAUGAAAUUUGAUGAUGAAUAUAUUUAUAGCACUCCGACCAAGCAAACAAAGAGUACUGCCAGAUAUGCAACAGAAACGGAGGGUUAAGAUCCUCAAGGCAGAGGCCGGAAAGUGAAAAUCUCUUCCAUUUUAAAAAGGUCAUGAUGGGUACGGGGGAGGCUGCUGUGGCGACUCCGCAGGCGACUUCCGCCCUGGUGGACA